AUGGGCGAUGGAAUGUGCCACAGCUUUGCAAUGAGACGUCUGUGGGUCUGUGUCUUGCUUGUGAGCAUCACCUGCCGUCUGAGCCUCUCCCAGGAUGUUACUGGAACUCCCAAAGAGGCAGAACUAAAUGACAACAUCACCAUCUUCACACGCAUCCUGGACGGACUGCUGGAUGGUUAUGACAACAGACUCCGCCCUGGACUGGGAGAAAAGGUGACGGAGAUCAAAACCAACAUCUUCGUCACAAGUUUUGGUCCAGUGUCUGACACUGAAAUGGAAUACACCAUUGACGUGUUCUUCCGCCAAAGCUGGAAAGAUGAGAGACUUUGCUUUAAAGGACCGAUGGAGAUGCUUCCCCUGAAUAAUCUCCUGGCCAGUAACAUCUGGACCCCCGACACCUUCUUCCUCAACGGGAAGAAGUCCAUCGCCCAUAAUAUGACUACACCCAAUAAACUCCUGCGGCUCAAAGAUGAUGGGACUCUUCUCUAUACCAUGAGACUGACUAUAUCAGCAGAAUGCCCCAUGCAACUGGAGGAUUUCCCAAUGGACGCCCACGCUUGUCCUCUUAAAUUUGGAAGCUAUGCGUAUCCUGUCUCGGAGGUGGUCUACACGUGGACUAAGGGAGCAGCCAAGUCAGUGGUGGUGGCAGAGGAAGGCUCUCGGCUCAAUCAGUAUCAUCUGAUUGGACAGACUGCAGGGACAGAGGACAUCUACACCAGCCGAGGUCAAUACACCGUGAUGAUGGCUCACUUUUAUCUGAAGAGGAAGAUCGGCUACUUUGUCAUCCAGACCUACAUGCCUUGCUUCAUGACUGUAAUCCUGUCCCAGGUUUCCUUUUGGCUCAACCGGGAGUCUGUGCCAGCACGGACUGUCUUUGGUGUGACCACGGUGCUCACCAUGACAACUCUCAGUAUCAGUGCUCGAAACUCACUGCCUAAAGUGGCUUAUGCUACUGCCAUGGACUGGUUUAUCGCAGUGUGCUAUGCCUUUGUCUUCUCGGCCCUCAUUGAAUUUGCCACAGUCAACUAUUUCACCAAGAGGAGCUGGGCCUGGGAUGGAAAAAAGGCGAUGGAGGCCCAACAACCCAAGAAAAAAGACCCUUUGGCUCUGUCUAAAAAGCCAAACAACACCUGUUCAGCCGGUGUGAAUUACACAACCAACCUUACAAAGGACACAUCUAUCUCCACCAUUUCAAAUAGCACAGCUGUUCAGCUCAAACCCUCUGAAACCAAGGCACCAGACCCCAAAAAGACUUACAACAGCGUGAGCAAGAUUGACAAGAUGUCCAGGAUAGUGUUCCCGGUGCUGUUUGGGACCUUCAACCUGGUGUACUGGGCCACGUAUCUCAAUAGGGAACCAGUGAUCAAAGGAGCUGUGUAAGCUGAGGGUCAUUCAUUCUCCUGACAACCACUUCAGGAUUUGGUAACUGGACCGCAAUCAAAACCGAUGCCAAGCACUUAGUCCUUGUAUCAUAGUUGUGUUUUUUUUUAGGUCACUGGGUAACAUUGCAUGUCAGUCGCUUCAGGAAAAAUGUUGCCAUGUUUGCCUUGAGUUUAUACAUGUAAGAUUA